UUGUAUGGUGAGUGUCGGCUAGAAAGUGAGCCUGGCUUUCCAGCUGAGUGCUUGCUCUCUCACAGUGUGUGUGUGUGUGUGUUAUUAUUAUUAUCCAGUCUGCUCCCAGAAGCUCAGAAUGGCCAGAUUCACUCCGACUGAAACCAGAAGGCAGCAGCAGCAGCAGCAGCAUCCCCACCAGCCCCAUCCCGCUCACACCAGCCUGUUUCUGACCGGACCGGGGGCACCACCGACCCAACCUCCACUACUACUCAUUCCGCACCAGCACCAGUACCCUCACACCCCAUUUUCUAAACCCAUGAACGGGUCAGAAUCCAUCUCCAUUCAUCCGGAGAACGGCACCAUGAAAGACCAAGAUGCCAUAAAGCUGUUUAUCGGGCAAAUACCACGGAACCUAGAGGAAAAAGACCUGAAACCUCUGUUCGAACAGUUUGGGAAAAUCCACGAACUGACAGUUCUGAAGGACCGUUACACCGGCAUGCACAAAGGCUGUGCGUUCCUGACCUACUGCGCCCGGGAGUCCGCCAUCAAGGCCCAGAACGCCCUCCAUGAACAGAAGACACUGCCAGGGAUGACUCGUCCCAUCCAGGUGAAGCCAGCAGACAGCGAGAGCCGUGGAGAAGACAGGAAGCUCUUCGUGGGGAUGCUGAACAAGCAGCAGACUGAGGAGGACGUGUACCGUCUCUUUGAGCCCUACGGAGUCAUCGAGGAGUGCACCGUGCUGAGAGGUCCUGACGGAAACAGUAAAGGCUGUGCCUUUGUAAAGUUCUCCACACACGCCGAAGCUCAGUCUGCAAUCAGCGCCCUGCACGGCAGCCAGACCAUGCCAACCGGCUCUGAUUCUCUCCCCCUACCCCAGGGCGCCUCCUCCAGCCUGGUGGUCAAGUUCGCCGACACGGACAAGGAGCGCACCAUCCGUCGCAUGCAGCAGAUGGUGGGCCAGUUUGGCAUCUUCAACCCCGCCAUCGCUCUGCCCUUCAAUACCUAUAACACCUACGCACAUGCGCAGCUCAUGCAGCAGCAGGCGGCCAUCAUGGCGGCCAGCCACGGAGGCUACCUGACGCCUAGCGUGGCCUUCCCUACCACACAGAUCCACCAGAUGGGGGCACUCAACAUCAACGGCCUCCCACCCACUCCCAUGACCCCGGUGUCCGGUGAGUUUCAUCACAUGUUGGGCCUCAGCUCGCCGCCGGCCAACAUCAACACGUCGGGCGUGCAGAGCAUAGUAACGCCGCUCGUCAACGGCUUCACGGGCAUCCCGCACCAGCCCAACGGACACCCGGCCGUGGAGGCCGUCUACACCAACGGCCUCCCGCCCUACUCCACCCAGAGUCCCACUGCCGCCGACACCCUCCAGCAAGCCUUCACCGGUGUGCAGCAAUACACAGCAAUCUACCCCACCACCACACUGACUCAGAUUGGACAGAGCCUGCCACAGCCCCCCCAGGUCAUCCAGCAGCAGCAGCAGCAGCGAGAAGGUGAGGGACCUGAGGGCUGUAAUCUCUUCAUCUACCACCUGCCUCAGGAGUUCGGCGAUAAUGAGCUCAUGCAGAUGUUCCUGCCCUUCGGGUCUGUCAUCUCCUCCAAGGUCUUCAUGGACAGAGCCACAAACCAGAGCAAAUGCUUCGGUUUCGUGAGCUUCGACAACCCAGCAAGUGCACAGGCGGCCAUCCAGGCCAUGAACGGCUUUCAGAUUGGAAUGAAGAGGUUGAAAGUUCAGUUAAAACGGCCAAAGGACGCCAGCCGCCCCUACUGACAGUCUCUCCAACAGUCUCCACUGCAAGAGCACAGGUUUUGAGAAGUGAAAUCUCAUGAGGAAUUACAACUUUUUUUCUUUGAAAGCUAAAUAAAAAACAAGUACAAAAAAUGCAAAGGGAUUUUUUCAAAAAGACAUAUCAGCAUUUCCUUACGAAGACACGAGACGAGAGCCGGGAUGAGAGGCACUAAAGGAGUUUGCAACGCGUGGAUGGACUCAAAUCCAACAGCAUCAACAGCACAGGGCAAGAAAAAGACCAAGUGAAAUCUGAAAAGAUGCGAACUCUUGAGCUACAGAACUUCUCUCGCUGAGACUUGAAUUGUUAAUUAAGCAACAAACAAAAAAAACGCAGCAAGAACAACAAAUAGAUUUCUAUAUACGUAUUAUAUACACAUAUAAUAUAUAUAAAGGAAGAGGCGCUUGUGGCUUUUACUCUACAGGACAAAUGAGGGUUAAACUUGAAGAUCAAGAAAAAUACAGUGGAAAAAAAAGAAGUUCUUCUGUCCCACUGCUGGACAGUCUUUCUUUCUCUCUUUCCCUCUUUCUCGUAUUCUUUUACCAUCACUCAGCAAGCGCAGAACGACAGCGUUCUGAGGUCACAGAGGUUUCCAUUAGCAACAGUACAACUGAGAAUCUCUCACCCGUAAGGGACCAAAGGACCAAACAUUUUUAUUGUUCAACAGUAAUAUAUAGUAUUAAUGAUACUAAUACUACAAAACUACUACUAAUAAUAUUACAAGUUACAGUUAAGAAGAAAUACUAGCUUCAGGUUGGAGGAGGAAAAGGAAUUGUUUUCUUUUCCUUUUACAUUUAUAGCUACUGGGUUUCAGAAUAUUUAAACAAAAUAGAAAAAAAAGAAGAAAAAAAUAUUUUAAAAGCUAUGAUAUUUUAGUGGAGUAGAAUAAGUGGGUUAGAGAUUGUGGGCAUGUUCAGACCUGCAUUCAUACCUCUCUCAUACCUCUCAUACAGAAUCCUGACUGUGGACUUCAUCAGAAUCACAUGACUGUCACGCACUGUCUGCACACUCACCGUUCUAAUUUCGUCCUAACAUUCCAAACGAGGGCUGCGGCCCGUCGCAUUACUGGGUCACCCCCUCGGACAAGGUCACACUCUUCGCAGUGAUAUGAAAGCUGUCACUUACGAGCUGCGGCUCUUCUUCAAUCAGGUUUAGAGCGAAGGGGAUCUUUCUUCAGGGCCUUCGGAGGAUGCCGGAGCUUGGAUACCGAUGACAGCUUACGGGGGAAAAUAACAGAGCUGUUUGCCAACUAAGCAGGGACAAAGGAGCCUUAAGCAUUCAUUAUUCGCACCUCGCCAUCUGGGACCUACUGCUUUUCACUUACAGUAAGGCCAUCCCUGAACACUGUCAUUCCCAAACAAUUGGAUUUAUUUAAAGACAUGUUUAAUCACUUUGUUUUCACGCCAAAGACGAGCGUCAUCAUGAACACAAAGGCGACGUCAUUAAAGCACUGAUAAUCUGGCAAUAAAGCACAGUUAUAAAAACGUCA